AUGGUCAAGCAACGCUACCCAAGGCUGCCUCUAUUUCUGUUGGCUCAAGGCCUUGGAGGAUUGGUUGCAACAUACGUGGGGAAAGAACGACAACAUGAGAUUGCUGGGGUGAUCUUUAUGGCACCUUUGGUAUUAGUAAAUCCCGAAUCAGCAACCCCAUUGAAGUUGUGCUGUGCCAGAAUGAUGUAUCAUCUGAUGCCAAAUUUCUCCCUGGGAUACAUGGACCCACGGUGGUUGUCCAGAUCACAACGAGAGGUAAUAAACUACAUGAAUGACCCUCUCAACUACCUUGGACCUUUUAGGAUGAGGUUUAUUGUUCAGGUGUUGCACGCAGUGACCAAGCUUGACAAGAUUUUCCCCGAGAUCACCUGGCCAGUGCUCAUCCUACACGGAGACUCGGAUAAACUCUGUGACAUCAAGGGUUCCUUCCUCAUGUACGAGAAGUUGGGCAGCUCAGACAAGACAUUCAAGGUGAUUCAUUUUUCCCAAAACAGGCAUCUCUAG